AUGUCCUCCGAAGCUCAUGCGAAAACGGUUCAGGCCUUAGAGCCUCUGAUCCAACUUCUGAGUCCGGGCUCUGUCUUGACUCCCAAAGAUGAGGCUUAUACACAUCACUCCGAGCCAUUUGCAAUUCAAAAGCAGCAAAACCCCGCAGUCGUCCUUGUUCCGGGCUCGGUCAACGAGCUCUCGGAAAUCGUCCGCUUUCUUUACGCCUCGGACCUGGAUUUCGCCAUCCGAGGACAUGGGUUCAAGUCGCCGUCGGCUAGAGACGUGGUGAUCAGCAUGAUGAACUUCAAGGACAUCAGCUACGAUCCAGUCAAGAAAAUCGCCACGGUUGGUGCAACUGCUACCUGGUCAGAGGUGGUGACAUACAUGGAUAAAGUCGACCCGGAGUACUCCGUACCUGUGGCUCGCACUCCAGCGAUUGGUGUCGCUGGGGCUAUCCUGAAUGGCGGUAUUUCUUGGAUGUCCACCGAGUAUGGCUGCAUUUGCGACCCGGUCAACUUCCUCGACGCGGAGGUUGUGAAGUAUGACGGCACCGUCGUUAUGGCAUCUCAGGAGCCUGAUCUCUUGUGGUCCCUGAGAGGCAGUGGCGGUGGCUUUGGAAUCAUCACCAAGGUCAUGCUUCGGGCACACCAGUAUCCAACAGAUAUCUGGUCCGGCCUGGUUAUGGUGCCACGCAAAUGGUUACCGCAGUUGAUAGACGAGAUGGUUGAGUUCAACCACUCAGUGCCCCACCCCAAAAUUACCUAUUUCAUGUACUUGCUGCCCGAAAGACUUCUUCACACAAUUCUAGAACAGGAAGAGCCGGACGCUGGGGACGCGGUGAUUUUCCACGUGUAUGAUGCACUUGGGGAGAAGCAUGGUCGAGCAGCGUUUAGCUGGGUGCUUGAUAAACCCGGCGCCAUCGACCGAACCAGGAUCACUAACAUGAAGGGUGUCGUCGACAUGCAGCGAAACGCCGCCGUCCUUCGAGGCAAGAUGAAGACAUUGUAUGCGCCGAUGGCUCUCCCCGACGUGGAUCGAGACACUUUGAAUCGAGCAGUUGCAUUCUACGACAAGCUAGGGUCUCUGGAUAAAUCCAUUCAGGACAUCUCUAGUGUAGUUUUUGAAUGCCUUUUGCUGCGCCCUCCAAUUGGAGGCACAGCCGAAGUUGCCUGGCCUCGGGCUCCAGGUCUGAACCAUCUUUUGCUCCUCAUCGCAAGCUGCCCCGGAGAUGGUACGAAAGAGCAGGAAGAGCUCCUUCGGAAAAUUUCUAUCGAUGCGCCUAAAGAGGUUUUAGAAGAUAAGCUUGGCCUGGCGGAGGUUAACCCUGCUGGUCUCGAACUUGAUUAUCACAGUGCCAAGGCAGUGUACAGAGAACAUUACGAGAAGCUGCUUGCACUUAGGAAAUUGUAUGACCCGAAGUCACGGUUCAAGUCCUUCUUCUAG